CUCCCCCCGGAAGCGGGGGCGCGGGCAGGGCGGAAGCGGGCGGCGCGCGCACAUCGCUCCCCGCGCGGCGCGGAGCGGCACGACCCGGAGCCUUCCUCCCCCCCCUCCUCAUCCUCCUCAUCCUCAUCGCGACAUGUCGCGGCGGCGGCACAGCGACGAUAGCGACGACAGCGAUGGGCAGCCCCACAAGCGGCGGAGGACGUCGGAGCCGUCCGAGAUCGAGGAGAGGCUGGAGUCGCUGAUCUGCAGGGUGGGGGAGAAGAGCAAUUCGUCCUUGGAGAGCAACUUGGAGGGCCUAGCCGGCGUUUUGGAGGCGGAUCUGCCCAACUACAAGAGCAAGAUACUGAGGAUCCUGUGCACUGUUGCACGUCUGUUACCAGAAAAGCUUACUGUUUACACGACACUAGUUGGGUUGCUGAAUGCCAGAAACUACAACUUUGGUGGGGAAUUUGUAGAAGCCAUGAUUCGUCAGCUUAAAGAAUGUCUGAAAGUCAAUAUGUACAAUGAAGCUGUCCACUUAGUCCGUUUUCUAUCUGACCUUGUGAACUGUCACGUAAUAGCUGCACCGUCAAUGGUUGCUAUGUUUGAGAACUUUGUGAGUGUGACACAGGAGGAAGAUGUACCCCAAGUCCGAUGUGACUGGUACAUGUUUGCGUUUCUGUCAUCUUUGCCUUGGGUUGGAAAGGAGUUAUAUGAGAAAAAGGAUGCUGAGAUGGAUCGCCUCUUGUCUCAGACAGAAAGCUAUCUGAAACGCCGCCAGAAGAUUCAUGUACCCAUGCUUCAAGUUUGGACUGCUGAUAAACCACAUCCACAAGAAGAGUAUUUAGAUUGCCUUUGGUCUCAGAUUCAGAAGUUGAAAAAAGACCGCUGGCAAGAGCGACACAUUCUGAGGCCCUACUUGGCUUUUGAUAGCAUUCUUUGUGAAGCACUGCAACACAAUCUGCCUCCGUUCACUCCUCCGCCUCACACUGAAGAUUCGGUGUAUCCGAUGCCAAGGGUUAUUUUUAGGAUGUUUGACUAUACAGAUGACCCCGAGGGCCCUGUCAUGCCUGGCAGUCACUCUGUUGAACGAUUUGUAAUAGAAGAGAACCUUCACUGCAUCAUCAAAUCCCACUGGAAAGAGAGAAAAACUUGUGCUGCCCAGCUGUUGAGCUAUCCAGGAAAUAACAAGAUCCCCUUGAACUACCACAUAGUCGAGGUGAUAUUUGCAGAAUUGUUUCAGCUUCCGUCUCCGCCACACAUCGAAGUCAUGUACACGACGCUGCUGAUUGAACUGUGCAAACUUCAGCCUGGUUCUUUACCACAAGUCCUUGCACAAGCGACAGAAAUGCUCUACAUGCGUUUGGAUACAAUGAAUACAACCUGUGUAGACAGAUUUAUUAAUUGGUUUUCUCACCACUUGAGCAACUUCCAGUUCCGUUGGAGCUGGGAAGAUUGGUCAGAUUGUCUUACUCAGGACCUUGAAAAGCCCAAACCCAAAUUUGUGAGAGAGGUUUUGGAAAAAUGCAUGCGACUCUCCUACCAUCAGCGAAUAAUAGACAUUGUUCCUGCAAGCUUUUCUGUCCUCAGUCCUGCAAAUCCAGUGUGCAUUUACAAAUAUGGAGAUGAAAGCAAUAGGUCUCUUCCUGGAUAUACUGUGGCACUCUGUUUAACAAUUGCAAUUAAAAACAAGGCCAGUAAUGAUGAAAUCUUCAGCAUUUUAAAAGAUGUGCCUAAUCCAAACCAGGAUGAUGAUGAUGAUGAAGGAUUUACCUUCAACCCUCUGAAAAUAGAAGUCUUUGUUCAGACCCUGCUCCAUCUAGCUGCAAAGUCUUUCAGCCACUCUUUCAGUGCCCUGGCGAAGUUUCAUGAAGUCUUUAAAACACUUGCUGAAAGUGAUGAGGGAAAACUCCAUGUUCUGAGGGUUGUAUAUGAGGUUUGGAAGAAUCACCCACAGAUGAUUGCUGUGCUUGUGGACAAGAUGAUUCGGACACAAAUUGUUGACUGUGCUGCAGUAGCAAACUGGAUCUUCUCCUCGGAGCUUGCACAUGAUUUUACUAGGUUUUAUAUCUGGGAAAUCUUACAUUCCACAAUUCGUAAGAUGAAUAAGCAUGUUCUGAAGAUUCAUAAGGAACUGGAGGAGACUAAGGCAAGAUUGGCCAGACAGCACAAAAGACGAGACAGCGAUGAUGACGACCGAAGCAGUGAUCGGGAAGAUGGACCUCUAGAAGAGCAGAUAGAGCGUUUGCAGGAGAAAGUUGAGUCAGCUCAGAGUGAGCAGAAGAAUCUCUUCCUUGUUAUAUUCCAGCGUUUCAUUAUGUUGUUAACUGAGCACUUAGUGCGCUGUGAAACCGGUGGAAUCGAUGUAUUUACACCUUGGUACAAGAGCUGUAUAGAGAGGUUGCAGCAGAUCUUCCUACAACAUCACCAGAUAAUCCAGCAGUACAUGGUGACCCUGGAGAACCUCCUGUUUACAGCUGAACUGGACCACCACAUACUGGCUGUGUUUCAGCAGUUCUGUGCUCUGCAGGCCUGAGGAGUAUUCGUGGGCAGAGUGGCAGAGUCUUGUCUGCAGGACUUUAAUGAAUUAAUUUUUUUUUUUAUGCGAAACAUGGGGAUGAAAAACUUUUUGACUAAAACUGGCUUUCAUGUGCUCCUACGUAAAACAAUACAGUACUCUAACCUACAGCAAACUGUGUAAGCAUCAUAAGCCUUACUAGAUACGAUUCAUAGGGGAUUGACAUAAAGUAAAAUACAAAUUCUUUUAAUCUGUCUUUUAAUUUGGUUUGACUCUUGACUUCAUGCUAGCAUUUUUCCCCCCCUCUUUGUUUAUAUGAAAAGGAAAACCAGGCAAAAACUACUAUAGGAUUUGUUACCUCUGCCUGGCCCUUAAAUCAAAGGAAUUGCAAAAAUGUGAAACAAUUUGUAGUGUUUUGUGAGUGUGAAGGGGAAUGCGCUUUCUCAGUGAACAGUGUGGUAAGUUCUCUAGGAUGGCACAGGAAAAAGUGUCUUAAUUUUGGGCACGUGAAACAUUGAGAUAAGCUUUCAAAGUAGGAUACAGCAUACGGAUUUAUUAUCAAGCCAGCUAGAUUUUCAGAGUUUGAAAGAACAUGGUUGUAAUACAAUUGAAAUAUGUUUUUUAAAUGUAUUGUCUGGUGUCUUAUUCCAGUAGCUAUAAACAAUCAGUAGAGGAACUUCAUGUACGUCUUCUGAAAAAUGCAAUCCUUUUUGCAGUAGGAUCAAAGAACCAUGAACUGCUCCUGGCAGUCGUCUCCACUGGUAGUAGGCAGAGACAGUCAGCAACACUCGGAGUGGGACGGAUUUUCUACUGCUGUACUGCUCACCUCACGGAGGUGUAGGGGCCUCCAGCCCCACAGCGGAGAGGGAAGGGCAGUGUCCAGCUUGUUCCUUAACUCCAGCCUGUAGCUAGCUGGGCUGCACCUGCAGGGAUCCCAGAAGCCCUUCUGGUACUGGCUGCAGAUAAACCAAGUGCCCUCGCCUUACCUGGCUUAGUGACAACUGCUUCGUGGUGGCUGUAUCUGCUGCCCUUCCCUUGCUUCAAAGCGUGGCAACAGCAUGUGGCUCCCAUGUCUUCAGAAAGCGUUUUAAUGCUAAACUGAUACCUUAUAGGAGAGUUAGACUGGGGAAACACAACCUGAAAAUAGAGUAGCCUUAGUUUCGAGUUAUGCAAAUGAUUUACUUAUAUAAAUGCCAAAUCAGCAGUCUGUUUUACGGUAAGCAGUGACGAAUGGCAAAGACACUGCCUUAGGUGCUCAGGUCUGUACUGUGCAGCGUACUUCCAAGCCGUUUAUGGUCUCUUUAUUUUGCUGGUGAAUGUUUAAAGAAUUUUGUACCUAGUGCUACUCAGUUCAAGCUCAAAAGUGAUGAAUUUUGGGUAAUUUUGUUCCUUGUUGAAGUUUUGUUCAAAUUUUUUUUCAGUGUUAUGCCUAGUAAUGCAUUUCAUCCCAACAUUAAUGAGUUGACCUCCUAAUCAAGUGAGGAGGGUUAAAAAAAAAAAAAAAUACAUUUUUUACUUUGAGUGUUGAUUUAAGCUUGUAUGUGGCCUGUAGCAAUUGGAUAUAUCUCAUAGAUUAAAUCUGUUACUUCUGCUUUGUCUGCUUCCCCUCUCUGAUUUGACUGACCCCUCCCUUUUAGAGUAUACUGUUAAGUGUUACGAAUUUGCUUUAUGCAAGGGUUUUGUCAGUUGUGCACAGACUUCUGCUUCAGACCUUUCUGUUAAUGUUCUUGAGUAAUCAAAUAGCCUUUUUUUGAAGAAACAUUUAGCAUUGUAGAGAGUUUAAUUGAUUUUUUUUUCCACUGUCUCAGAUCAGUGAGGAAUUCUGAUAUUAACCAGUGGUGGGGAUCUAACUGACUGUGAUGUGAUUUCUGUAAAAGCGAUGAUGCGGAUAAAACUUGCAAACCUGUAACUUCCUCUCAGCCUCAGCAAAUAAUGGUGCUCAGGAUCCAGUCGCAAACACCUGUGUGCGGACAGCGUAAUCCUGUGAUUUAAAACCAAAUAGCAAUGUCUUUCACAACUGGUUGAACUUCCCGUGUGUGCAUGGGCUUUGAUUACAUCCCUGCAGUCUGUGGGAAGCCCUGUACUCCCGGUCGGUCUGGCGGCACACGGCUGGGUGGACUGGACUGGGAAACCGGUUGGAUCUCUGGGAGAAAGAAGGAAUGACACGCUUGUACCUAAAAGCGAUACGGGCAGCUAGCUGCAGGAACUUGGAGCUGCCGCAGUACAGGGGUUGGCAGAUAGCAUAAAGAUGCUGUAGAACUGUGGCGUGCUUGGAAAAAAUCCACAAUUAAAAGAUGAAAAUAAAUGAAGGCACAGCAGCUUGC